AUGCAUAUUAUAGGUUGUCGUUGGAUAUUUAAAUUGAAACUCAAACAUGAUGGUUCUAUUGAUCGCUAUAAAACGAGAUUAGUUGUCAAGGGAUAUUAUACUCAAGAGGAGGGAUUAGAUUAUCAUGAAACUUUUAGUCUUGUAAUUAAAAUUACUACUAUCCGCAUUCUAUUUUCUCUAGCGAUCAGGCAUAAUUGGCAUAUUCACCAAUUGGAUGUCUUGAAUGCUUUCUUACAUUGUGAUCUUUCUGAAACAAUUUAUAUGAAUCAACCCCCUGGUUUUAGUCAUCCUAAUUAUCCUGAUUACGUGUGUAAACUUCAAAAAUCAUUACAUGGGCUAAAAUAA